AUGAUGCAAACUGCCGAUGUCUAUCAGAUUGAAGAUGCUGAGCAGAAUCAACCCCACCAAGGGUGGGAGCCUCUCAGCCGCGGCAAAACUGACAUUCACUGUGGGUGGGAAGCUUUUGGCCGCGGCCAAGAUGAGUUUCACCACGGGUCAGAGCACUUCACCCGUGGCCAGCCUGGUUUUCAACACACUUUCCAACCUUCUUUCGAGCAAACCCUGUUUGAUCAAUCCAAUCCCACAAUACCUCCUUAUUAUCCUUUCUCCAAGAUUGAAGAGCUAGAAAAAGAGGUUGAAAGAUUCAAAAGGGAGAUGGAGAGUCAAUCAAAGAAGCAUGAAGAUGCUAUUAACAAGCUCUCCACCCUUUUUCUUCUUCAGAUUAGUGAUGAAUCAAAGGAGACAGAUUCUUCAGAACCAGAAUAUCCAAAAGAUUUCGAAGAAGGAGAAAAAGGAGAAGUUUCGGCUAAUAAAGAAGGAGAUGCAACAGUUGGGAAAAAAAGAGAUAAGGAGAAGGAAAACGCCCCUCAAGAAAUUGCUGAAGAAGAACCUAUACCUCCUCCUCUUACUCGUGUCUACAAGCCCAAAGCACCCUACCCACGAGCUUUGAAAGGACCAAAGAAGGAGAAAGAAAAGGCUAAGCUGAAAGAGAUAAUCGAGCAGUUAAAUAAGAGGUUACCUUUCAUUGAAGCUUGUGUGAUGAUACCUGCUCUUAGGAAAUACAUGAAGGGCAUUCUAACAAAUUCUCUAGCAUUAGAAGAAGGCGUUAUGAUGAUAACUCAUAAAUGUAGUUCCAUAUUACAAAACCAUGUCCCCCAGAAGAAAGAAGAUCCGGGAAGUUUUGUACUCUCCUGCACAAUCAGGAAUAUGACUUUUGAACGUUGCCUAUGUGAUUUGGGAUCGAGCAUCAACAUGAUGCCUCUCUCAGUUGCAAAACGUUUAGGAUAUCAUACUUUUCAGCCCACAAAAAUCUCACUGGUUCUUGCCGAUCGAUCAGUCAGACGACCAGAAAGAGUCUUGGUUGAUGUAUCAGUCAUGAUUGGAGAAAACUGUAUUCCGACUGAUUUUGUAGUGCUUGAAUUGGAGAGAGAACCAAAGGACCCUCUGAUUCUCGGUAGACCUUUCUUAUCAAAUGCAGGAGCAAUAAUCAAUGUUCCGGAAGGAAAAAUAGACCUCCAUCUAUGGAGUCUGAUUAUGCAGUUCGAUAUGAACAAAAGUCUCGAGAAACCCACCUUAGAUGGCGGGCUCUGUCGGGUUGAUGAGCUUGAUGUUAUUACUGAGGGAGUUUAUGAAGAAAUCCUUCUUGAUGACUCUUUGAAAAUCAUCCUCACAACCACAAAUGAUGAUCGCAACCUGCUCGAAGAAGUUUCAAAAGAGUCUAUAAACGACCCAUGGAGCGAGCUCAAAGCUCGAAAAGUCGAGCUCAAACCUCUUUCUGAUGGGCUCAAGUAUGCUUUUCUUGGACCAAACUCAACUUACCCUGUCAUCAUAAAUUCUGGCUUAAGUAGAGCUGAAACUACCAAGCUGUUAAAUGUGUUAAGGAAGUAUAGGAAAGCCAUAGGUUAUUCCCUUGAUGGCAUACAAGAAAUCUCCCCAGACCUCUGUAUGCAUAAGAUAAAUCUUGAGGACAAUGCCAAGAAGUCGAUUGAAAGCCAAAGGAGGUUGAACCCAAACCUUAUGGAGGUGGUAAAGAAGGAGAUCAUGAAACUUUUGGAGGCAGGAAUCAUAUUCCCUAUCUCGGACAGCACUUGGGUUAGUCCUGUGCAUGUUGUCCCGAAGAAGGGAGGAGUGACUGUUAUCAAAAAUGACAAGGAUGAAAUGAUUGCUACAAGAACAGUGACGGGACAUCGAAUGUCAUUUCAUAAGAUCAAAAACGCCCUUGUCUCCACUCCAGUUGUGCAACCACCUGAUUGGGAACAACCGUUUGAAAUCAUGUGCGAUGCAAGUGAUUUUUCUGUUGGAGCUGUGCUUGGUCAGCGGAAAGAAAAGAAACUACACGCAAUCUACUAUGCGAGUAGAACUCUGGAUGAAGCUCAAUGUUACAUCCAUACUGACCAUGCUGUAAUCAAGUAUCUCAUGUCUAAGAAAGAUGCCAAACAGAGGCUGAUCAGAUGGAUACUCCUGCUGCAAGAAUUUGACAUUGAAAUUCGAGAUCGGAAAGGAGCAGAUAAUGGAGUAGCAGAUCAUCUUUCUAGAAUUCGAGUGGAAGAGAAACUCCAUUUGAAUGAUAGUUUGCCAGAAGAAAAUGUUUACGCUAUGGAGACUAUACCUAUUACCGUGCAAGAAAAGCCAUCCCAACCUCCUAUACGGCGGUCAUAUGCUUUUGACACCCCAUGGUUAAGGCAUAUAGCAAAUUACUUAGCCGUAGACAUCGAACCUCCACAAUUCUUUGGCUAUAAAAAGAAGAAAUUAUUAAAGGAAAUCCGGCAUUAUUUCUGGGACGAAGAUUAUCUCUAUAGGAUAUGUGUAUAUGGUUUAUUCAGAAGGUGUGUGGCUGAAGAAGAAAUAGAAGGAAUACUGUUUGGAAGCAAUAGUUCAGCGUAUGCAGGACAUUUCGCGACCUACAAAACGGUUUCAAAAUUUCUUCAAGCAGGAUUUUGGUGGCCUACAAUGUUCAAAGACACUCACGCCUACAUCUCACGCUGUGAUUCAUGCCAACGAAUGGGCAACAUCAGCAAGAGGAAUGAGAUGCCUGAAAACUUCAUUCUCGAAGUCGAAAUCUUUGAUGUAUGGGGAAUUGAUUUUAUGGGACCUUUCCCAACUUCUUUCGGAAAUCAAUACAUCUUAGUAGCGGUAGACUAUGUCUCUAAAUGGGUAGAAGCAAUCGCCAGCCCUACUAAUGAUGCAAAAGUGAAUGGAGUCACACAUAAAGUUGCAUCUCCAUAUCACCCUCAAACAAGUGGACAAGUGGAAAUCUCUAACAGAGAGAUCAAGUCGAUUUUACAAAAGACAACUGGUGUUAAUCACAAAGAUUGGUCUGAAAAACUCGACAAUGCACUUUGGGCCUAUCGGACGGCAUACAAAACUCCUUUAGGGACCACGCCGUUCAACCUUGUUUAUGGAAAAACAUGUCACCUCCCUGUAGAGCUGGAGUAUAAAGCGCAAUGGGCUAUAAAGGAGAUGAACAUGGACUUUAAGGCAGCUGGAGAAAGAAGAAUGCUUUAA